GCCGCGAGCCACGCCCGGAGGCGGGUAGUCUGGGGGGACCCUCUCGUCUUGGCCUCCAGUUCAGCCCCUCUCUCGGGGCCUCCUGGGGGUUUUCCCGGCGGCCCUUUCGCCAACUACCUGACUUCCGGAGCGAGGUGCGGGACGGCGUUCCUUCCUAAACACAGGCGGGGCUGGGAGCGCGAGGGCUGCGAGCGGCGGCAAUUGCUAGGCGGAGACCGCUCGGUGAAGAAAGAUCUGAGAAAGGAUCAGGACGGGCGGUCUUACCCAUUUCAGUAAACGGCACCAUCCAUUCUACUGCUUAAUCCAAAAACGUGGAGUCAUUCUGAAGUUCUUUUCCUUCAAUUCCUGAAGAACAUUCUACCGGUAAACGCUGCCGGCUCUGCCUUCAGAAGAGAUUGGAGUCAGAUCACGGUACUCCUGUUUCCAGCUCUCCGGUGACUUUCUAUUGUAAACGCCAUAGCCUCUUCUACAGGGUUUUACUCUCAUCACUGCAUUCCAGCCACUGACUUCUGCACCUGCAGUGAUACCAGAAAGGAACCUACUCUACGGCUGGAGCCAAACCAGAUGCCUUCUUCCACUUCACCAGACCAAGGAGAUGAUGACCCGGAGGCCUGUGUUUUAAGGUUUUCAGACUUGGAUUUGAAAGACACGUGUCUUAUCAAUCCCAGUAGCAGUCUCAAAGCAGAGUUAGAUGUCAGUACAAAGAAGAAAUACUCAUUUGCAAAGAAAAAGGCAUUUGCCAUUUUCGUUAAAACUAAAGAAGUUCCAGCACCUCCUUGUGAAUGUAAAGAAAAAUGGUGGAAAUGCUGUCAGCAACUAUUUACAGACCCGACCAGCAUCCACAGACAUGUGGCAACGCAACAUGCUGAUGAGAUUUGCCAUGAGACUGCUGCUGUUUUAAAGCAGCUGACUGCGACAUCGAGCACCUCCACGAGUCCCGAGUCUGCAGACAAUGGGAACCCUUUCAAAGAUGACCUCACCCAUGACCAAGAAGUGUCUGCUUGGCUCCCGGAUACAAGCUGCUUCAGCCCUGAUGAGCUGAUAAGUGGCCAGGGCAAUGAUGAAGGGGAGGUGCUACUUUAUUACUGCUACUGUGACCUGAAGGAUCCUGACUGGGUCUGUGACUGGCAGACAGCUCUGUGUCAGCACCUGCAUCUCACGGGCAAGGUUCGAAUUGCUACGGAAGGAAUCAACGGGACUGUUGGUGGGAGCAGACUAGCCACCAGACUCUAUGUCAGCACCAUGCUUUCCUGCCCACUGUUUAAGGAUUACCUCUGUAAGGAUGAUUUUAAGACCAGCAAAGGAGGAGCUUGCUGUUUUCCAGAAUUGCGUGUUGGUGUGUUUGAAGAAAUUGUGCCCAUGGGGAUCAGUCCCAAUAAGGUCUCCUAUAAGAAGCCUGGAAUCCAUUUAUCCCCAGGUGAAUUUCAUAAAGAAGUAGAAAAGUUUCUGUCUCAGGCAAAUCAAGAGGAAAGUGAUACUGUCCUACUGGACUGCAGAAACUUCUAUGAAAGCAGAAUAGGACGAUUCCAGGGCUGCUUAGCCCCAGACAUCAGGAAAUUCAGUUAUUUUCCUAGCUAUGUUGAUGAAAAUCUAGAACUUUUCAAAGAGAAGAGGGUGCUAAUGUAUUGCACUGGGGGCAUCCGUUGUGAGCGGGCUUCAGCCUACCUGAAAACCAAGGGAGUGUGCAAGGAAGUGUUCCAGCUCAAGGGUGGCAUCCACAAGUACUUGGAGGAGUUUCCUGAUGGUUUUUACAAAGGGAAGUUGUUUGUUUUCGAUGAGCGUCAUGCCUUGCCUUUCAGCAAUGACAUCGUGUCAGCAUGUUCCUACUGUGGGGUCCCCUGGGAUGACUACAAGCUCUGCUCCACGCCCCAGUGCCGCCAGCUCGUCCUGACCUGCCCUGCCUGCCAAGAACGAGGACGCACAGCCUGCUGUGUCACGUGUCAAGACAAGGGGAACAGACAGGCUGCAAGCCCAGCCCAGAGCAACUUUAAAGAGGAAUGCGAGUGUACCGCCCGACGGCCACGGGUACCGAGGGAGCGCUCACAGCGGGGGCCUCUCGCAGCAGGAGCCUCUGCCCUCCAGCCCGGGGCCCAGGCUGGAUGUUGAUGGGAGCAGCCCCCUCUGUAUCCCCCAGGCCCUCACACAGCUAGGUUUGGAGGAUGUCAGGGCUGCGCUAACAGAAACAGGGAAGGUCAGGGCCGCCAGAGCCGCCGUGGUCAAUGGCCACCAUGUUGGCCCCUGUCCUCCACGAGAGGAGAGAAGAGGAAUUUGGGUGCUGACCUCUUACCAGAGACAUUCUGGCUCAGAGGUGCUAGAGCACAGAAAAAGGUGAGCUUCGUGGGAUCCCAAAGUUCCUAAGGGAGAGAGCCUUGAACCUGGUGACCCGACCUGCCCCUUCUGCACCAUGCAGCAGGGCUGGCGGUAGUCAUUUUUCUUACCAGCAAACCUGUCUGUCCUGAUGGCAGAAAUGAAAGCCGGGUGGCCCGAGAAGUGGGCUUCUCAGAACUGGGCCUCUUAGGUCAAUCCACCAUCCACCCCUGCCCUCCUCUUUUCCCUGCUAGCCUCAGCACUGCACCAGGAUCUGCCAGCUACAGCAUGUGGCCCACCUCUUUCUGUAAGUAAAGUUUUAUUGGACUAGCCAUAGCCAUUCACUUACAUAUGAUUUUUGACAGAAAUAAGCAUUUACAAGAAAGACAUUAUGGCCUGCAAAGCCUACAGUAUUUACAGGUGUACCUCGGAGAUACAGAUUCAGUUCCAAACCACCACAUCAAAAUGAGUUACACGAACUUUUUAGUUUCUCAGUGUAUAUAAAAGGUAUGCUUACAUUAUGCUGUAGAUAUUAAGUGUACAAUAGCAUUGUGUCUAAAGAAACAAUGUAUAUCACCUAAUUAGAAUUUUUUAUUGCUAAAAAAUGCUAUCAUCUGACAAUGUGGGGUUGUCACAAACCUAUUUGUAAAAACCGAAAUAUCUGUGAAGCACAGUAAAGCAAGGUAUGCCUGAACUAUCGGGCCCUUUACAGGAGAAAAAAAAAAAAGAAAACCUUGCCACCUCUAGUCUAGAUGAACAGCUCAUCUGGUGGAGGAGAUAGUCUUAAAGAUGUGGCCAUCUUCAUUUUUUAUGGGUUUGUCUUCUGAGAGAUUUCCCUGUAAUAGUUUCUGCUUCCCUCAACACCCACACUACUAGCUCUUAAGCGUCUUUGAGAGAACCACAUUAUGAGCUCGAUGACACGGACAUCUGGGCUGUAGUUUUUAGGCAAACACCUCAGAACAAAGGCAUCCUGCGUGAGGCUGCUGAGCACUGCCGUGGCGGCUUCCCAGCCUCUGGCCCACACGUCCCAAGAAACACAUGCACAGCCAUCCAUAGACCAACAGAUUUAAUGUUAUAUUGCAGUUUCCAGUGAUGCGGAAUACAGCUGCAGUUGUGUUUCAAGGAGAAGCCGAGCGGGGCUGGCUGUGCCUGCAGCACAGAGCCAGCCCUGGGCCCGUCUGCAGCCUCAGUAGACGCCCCUCCGUGGAGGGGAGGCCCUGGCUCCGUCUCUGGUUGCCCUGUCCUGCCCACAUCGUUACAGUUCGUGUGCGAGACUUUUUCCAUCAAAAGCCUCCGCUCCGUGCUCCGCAGCUUUUGUCUGUGUUCGUCUGCUCUUUGGCCUCUCCUUUGUUGUAAGGUUUGCCGAAUCACUCAUGAAAAUAACUCCCCAAGCAACAGAAAUACUAGCUUAACUGGCACUGUGGCAUAGUAAAAGGCACAAGGGCAGUGUGGCUUAACAUUCUUGCUGGAUCCCAGGAGAUGCACGUGAUGUUAAAAAGGGAUCUGGCAGAGAUGCCAAAAUUACAUUUUCAGAAUUCACCAUCCUGGGUGGUUUGGCCAGGUUUCCUAAUUCUUAAAUAUCUAGAUUUUCUUCACCAUUGCCCUUUAGAGGUUUCAUUUACAGGCGAGAUCAGUGGUGACUUGUCUAAUAAGUGAUGUGACGGGGUGGCUGAAGUCUGUAAGCAUAAGCCAUGAUGGACUGGAAAUUCAUCUCGAUAAUGAUUUACCUCAUAAGGCAUUGGGCCACUACUGACUGUGCAAUUAUGAGUGUUUUCAAGUAUUUGGCCAUAGGUUUUCAUAUCCAUUGUAAGGUUGGCAUUUGGUAAGGAAACAAUUCUUUCUGACUCCAGUAUUGUAAAUAAAUCCCAGAUAUUGAUAAAGAACACCCAGCGAAAUGCUUGUUGCCUGGAAUUAGUUUUUGUUUUUUUAAAAAAGGAUGGUUUUAAAAUUCGAAUUUUCAUUACUGGCUUUUUCUGUCAUUUCCUGGUAACCAGCAACAGGAUCAUUCUUUGAUUGCUGGCAGAGCUCUGUGGGCUUGUCUUUCUUGAGGUAAAAAAAAAAAAAAAAAACCUGUUUUUGACCCAGAAAUCAAUCUAGCAACUUUAAUCUUGAGGUUCUUAAAAUUUAAAGGAGAAUUAAUAAAGAAUGAUGACCUGUUUGUUAAAGAGCUAA